AUGGAUAGAAAGUCUGCUAGAAUAAAAGCAGAGUUACAAAGAUAUGGUUGGAGAGUUUCGAAGAAUUUUAAAUAUAGGAAGGGAAGACCCAUAAAAGUCUAUGACAAAUUGUCUGGUCUUCGCUACGAAAUGGAUUUGGAAACAGCACGUGCCAAUUAUCCAAACAGACUAGAGAGGUUAGAAGAAGAACGUCUUAUGGACAUGCCUUUCGAUGUUAGUGAACCUCAAGUUGAAGGACACGACGGCUUUGCCAGAUUCUACUGGAAACAUGACGAACAAUUGCAUCCUUUGAGAAGGAAAAAAGGAAAAGGUGAAGACGCACAUGCUCCCAUGGAAAGAACAAGAUAUGCAUAUGAAAAGUAUCGUGAAGUUAGAAGUCAAAUUACAUCUGGUCGAACCUUUACAGUAAACUUUGACGAAGGAAAGAACAAAGAAGGCUUCAUGGGAGUACUUGCUGCAAUUCAAGACGGAAAUAAGAAAGGACACAAUCUCAGAUUGACCAUAACAGAUUUGGAUGGUCACAUUUACUAUGCACAUGGCAAUGAACAAACAGCCGCAAAACUUCUUGACGCUUUCAAGACUACAAAGAGAGAACAAAUGGUUGACUCCGACUCAGACAUUUUGAAUGCAAUUGAAGGAAUUGCAAGUGUCAAGUUCGAAUGGUACCAACCUAACCCUCAAGCAGUCAGACAACAUGCUGGAUACUUCCCCUUCAUAAAUAAGUCUGACAUUGACUUGACAAGGUAUGGAAUUUACAAUUCAAUUGAAACAAUUGUCAAUGAACCUUGCAUUCUUACAUGUCUCAGGAACUCUGGUCUUGUUACAGAUGAGAAGAUGAAGUAUCUUGAGUCAUGUGUGAAGACAAGGUACAUUCUCAGAGGUCAAUUGGCAAAAAUUGCACCGUUGGCAAAUGUCAAUAUCCGAGUCAACAUACCUACAGCUAAAGGUUCUUCACAUGACGACUAUGUUGUUGACAAAGACUUACCAUGGUUGAAGAUUGUAAUUG